CACAAGCAAAGCGAGGGAGGCCGGCAAUGGGUGCAGAGAUCUGUCAUCGUCUGACUCUGAUGCGUUUCUGACUGUCAAGAUCCGCUUCCCGCACAGCAAUCGUCACGAGGCCUGCAGCAGGUCGCGCCUGGGCGUCCUCUUGGCGUGUGGCUGACGCAUGUCGGUUCAGUUCGCCUCGCAGGACGUCAUCAUCCCCAACCACACACACCUGCCGACUGCUGCCACUGCCGCUGCCGCCAGCUAUUCGUCGCUGAGACCAGCACCCAGCGGAUUGGUGCGCUUCACGAGUGUGGCUGCUGGCCGGGGUGGUGAAGGUGACAGGGAGGGCAGGAAGGAACAUGUGUAUGGGGAGGUGGCCUCUGUGGUGGCCUCAAAGCAGGUGGGUGGGUGAGUGAGUCUUCAAGCAAUGACACACACAGACAGACAGUAGCAUGCACGGCACGCUGCUAAGGUAUGCAUGGUUUCUCGGUGUGUGUGUCUGUCUGUGCGUCUGUGUCUGUGUGCUUUGCUUUGCUUUGCUUCAUUCACUCAUCUCACUCACUCAGGGCCUUGGUGAUGGCAUUCCACAUCAACCGUCCCACCAGCACCCCGACCACCGCACCAGCACAGCGAGCCACAGCACCGCCGCCACUUCAGCUGACGGCACAUCAAUGCAGGACCUCCCUGCAGCCCCUGCUGCAUCAUCAUCAUCAGCAGCAUCUGCGUCCUCCCGUCCGCCCCUGCACCCCUCCCUCCCCAUCCCCAACAGGCAGGCUUUCGUCCCGCCACCCAUUCAGACCAGGCGAGAGCGGACGGCGAGCGAUGAAAGAGCCGGGCAGCCACAGCAGGGCGGUCUGGGUAUCGGUGUGGGCCAGAGGCCUGGUGCUGUUGGUGGUGGUGAGAGGGUCUCAGGUGCUGCACAGCAGCAACAGCAACAGCAACAGCAGCAGCAGCCGUCAGCUGCAGCAGCGGCGAUGCGGUACGCCACUCCAGCUGCGAGGAGGCUGGCUGCGAAGCUCGACCGACUCGACGAAAUGACCUGGAGGUCAGUCAGUCAGCCAGCCAUUCACCAGACUCACCGGUGACGCAUACCAUAAAUAGUCUCCUUUCUGUCCUCUCUCUCUGUUAUGUUGCUUGCUUUAUGGACAUAUCGAUUAUCGGUCAGGGUGUGUCGGUUUUUGUUUCGUCAUCUUUUGGCGUGGCAGCACCGCGAGCGCGACUUGCAGAUGGUGCAGUCGUCCCCAGCCACAACUGUCAACCGGUCGCCGUCACGGCAGCUGGUGGCCUCGAGGGGCCGGUCAGGCUCAGCGAGCAGCAGGAGGGGCGGGGGAGGGGGAGGGAGUGGGGUUGGGGGAGUGUUCGGCAACAGCCGGUCUGACAGCACCCGGAUGGACGCCAACAGCGCAUCGGCGCACUUCCAAGAGAGGCUCUUCAUCAAGAAAAAGUAAGUCACUGAGUGGGUCAGUGCAGCGAGGGGAGGGGAGGCAGGCUAGGGUGGGGUGAGUGGGUGGGCCAAAGGAGGUGCGGUGCAGUCAGCUCAAUGUAUGUAAUGUGUUGUUCGUGUCCGUCUCUCUGGUCUGCGUGUGUGUGUUGUGUUGUGUUGUGUUGUGUAGUUUCCGGAUUCUGGUGCCGUUGUGGGUGGGGAUAGUGCCGCCAUCGACACUCUACAGGGCCAAGUCCAUCAAACGGAAUUUCCCGGUACCUGACGUAAAGACGUGACGGUGAAUGGGUGUGGUUGGCCAUGACACUCAUGGUGCGGACGGACUGGAUCGGUGUAUCCUUUCCUUCCUUUGUGUGCGUCAUGUAUGUGGUUUUCAGUUUCCGAAGUUCUCGGAGUUGUUUCAGUUCAUCCGUCGUCUGUGUCGGCGCGCGCAGCUGAGCUCUGAGUGCCCCGUCAUCUGCCUCAUUUAUAUCGAACGACUCAUGGUAUGGUGGGGGAGAUAUAUGAGACAGACAGACAGACAGAGAGAUGGCAGGCAGGCCAGGGUGGGGUGGUGCUUCCAUGUUGGCGAAGAGGAUGAUUUGUUAAAUAACACGUAGCACCGGAGGUCUAUCCCAGUGAUCGGUCGAUGAUGGGCUAAGUACCUCUAAGAAGAACUGAUGUCCAAUCCUUCCAUGCAUUGAAUGCAUUUCCAUCCCCAUCUAUGUCUCUCUCCUCCCUCUACCGAUGCGAUGCCCACUGCACUGUAUGUGUGCUGUGUGUGCUGUGUUGAUCUGAUCAAUCAGUCUUUGACGGAUGUUGAGCUGACGGCGACAACGUGGAAGCCUUUGGUGCUGGCGGGUCUGCUGCUGGCAUCCAAGGUCUGGGAGGACAUCUCAUGCUGGAACAUCGAAUUCGCCGACAUCUGCGAAGACUUCCCCCUCAAGUCCAUCAACCAGGUGAGUAAAGGUACUCACACACAAACUAACGAACGGCACACACAUGGCAUGGGUUGGUGAGGGAGGGAGGGAGGGAGGGAGGGAGUGCGAUGAUUUAUUUGUCCUGUGGGGCAUGAAUGAGUGUAGCUGGAGCGGUGGUUCUGCGGUUACCUUGACUUCAAACUCCACAUCGACGGAUCGCUCUACGCCAAGUACUACUUCGAGCUACGGUAGGUACGGUCAGGACAAUCCCUCUGCGCCCAUACACACACGAAAGAAAGCGUCAAACCGUCAGACCGUCUGUCAUUUUUGAUGCAGAGAGCUGGGCCCCCCACCAUGGCACCAGCCCACCACUCACCCCAACCCCAGCCCCCACCCCGCCCAGCAACAGCAACAGCAGGAGCCGUCACAGUUGCCCGACCGCAAGACGUCCUACCACGUGUCGUUCCCCCCGCCCACCGGCUCGCCGAUCUCCAUCCAGCGGGCCACAACCGCAUUCACCAUCACCAGCCCAGCAGCAACAGCUGAAGCUCCAGCAGCACCAGCAGCACCAGCAGCAGCAGCAUCCUCGGCAGAGCAGGUCAUGAUAGAGGAGAGGGCGGCCGAGCCGCUGCCUGUCUCGUUGCCGGCGAGGGUGGUGUCGCCUGCUGCUGGCAUGGCUGUGGGUGUUGGGUUUGGCGUGGAGAAGCGGCCGGCUCUUGCCCCUGUGGCAGUGUCGAUUCCUGAGCCGGUGCCUGAGGAGACCGUCACCGUCACGGUUGAGAGGCCUCCGCCCACCACUAUACAAGAAGAGAAGGACAGGGACAGGGACAGGGAGGAGGGGGAACGGGUCGUGCCUCUCGCGAGGGAUGACAUCAGGUGACUUGACGACUGCCACACGAGAAGCGAUGGAUGUACCGAACCACCAUGUUUGUUUAUGUGUCGUGUGCUGUGCCUGUCUGUAUUCAGGUCUCGGUUUGUGAUGCAGCAGCUGGCGCGACAUCACGUCACCGCCCAGCCACCGCCUAAAGCACAGCCGGCGCAGUCUGGUGGACAAGGGGGGCACAAUCACAACCACAAUCACACUCACCCCCCCGGCCAUGGCCAUGGCCAUCACCGCCCUCCCCACGCCCCCCCCUACCCCUACUCCCACCUCGUGGCCUCCCACCCUGCCCCACACCACCAAGCCUCUAUGCCGCCCUCGGCAGCCAUGCACCUGGUGCACUCUCAGCAGCAGCACACCAGACAUAGCAACAAUAGCAAUUCAGACAACAACGGCAACCACCACAGCAUCGGCAGCAUCGGCAUUGAGGAGGCGAGUUUGUCUCACUCGUACCCGCAGCAGCCAGCCGGCCACACCGUCAUCAUGCAGCGGCUGCAGCAGCUGGAGUCGGCGGCCAAUCAUGCAAACAACAACAAUGCUGGUGGUGGUGGUGGUGUUAGUGUUUGGGAGAGGGAGACCAUCUCGCCGAGGCGUGGGUACGUCAGCAGGCGGCGGGCGUCGUUUUCUCACCCUCGGUCGCCGGACAGAGAUGCCAUCAGAGAGGGCAGGCCGACUGUGGUGCGGUUUCCCCCUGUUGUGGUGUAUGAGGGGGCCAACGGCAGCAGCACCAGCAACCACACACACAGGCAGGGCCAGGACAGGCAGCAGGAGGGCAACUGAGUCGGUCUGUAUGUCUGGGUGAGGUGAUCUUCCUUCUGCUUUUUGGAGGGUUUGUGUGUGUUUGUGUGUCUGUGUGUUGGGAGUGAGUGAGUGAGUCGUUUUUGCUUUGACGGUCGACAGACAGACGAGUGGCGGACGGACGGUGGACGAUACGAUUGCUCUGGUUGAUUGAGAGGCUGUAUAGCGAACGCCUGAUGGGCGGGCGACAUGGG